AUGACGCCAGUGGAUUUAUGUGUACCAUCAUUAGUUAGUAUUCGUUGUCAAGCGAAUUAUGUUCCUAUUGUUAGAAGUGCUUUUUAUGGAGUUGCACAAAUAGCUAGUGCAUGUAGUUAUACAAUAGGUGAUUGUAUUGCUGAUGCAAUGAAGAUAGUAACAUGUGCAACAGAUACUGUUCAAUGUACUAUGCAUGCAUCAAAAACAAAAUUAUCACAAUGUAAUGAUCAAUCAAAUAGUUACGUUCAUAUUGAAUAUGAUUGUGUACCAAUAUCAAUGGACGAUUCAACAAAAGAUUAUAAUGUUUGUCAAAAUGGUACAGAAAUAACAACUGAUAGUGGAAUAAUACGAAGUCCUGGUUAUCCAACGCAAUUUCAAACAACAACAGCUGAAUGUUUUCGUGCAAUACAUGUACCAAAAGAUAAAACAAUUCGUUUAUGGUUAACUGAUUUAAAUAUUGGUUCAACAGUAGGAACUUGUGCUAAAGAUCAUGUUUAUGUUGUUGAUAGUGUUCAAACAUAUCGACAUUGUUCUCGUAUACGAUAUGCUUAUCCAUAUUUAUGUUCAUCAACAAUUAUUAUUCAAUAUUAUGUUACAUCACAAUCAAUACUAUAUAAAGGAAUGAGAAUGUAUUUUGAAAUAGUUGAUCGGCCUACAAAUGAUAGUUGUCCAAAUCCAGAUGGAACAGUAACACCUAUACCAUCUACAACACCAACAAUAACAACGAUUAAUCCUAUUCAAACUACACCUGUGCCUCCGUAUGUUUUACUUGGUAUUGCAUCACCUGUUCAAAGUUUUCAACUUUGCCGAGGCGAAUCAUUUAUGAUUGCAUGUCCAAAGAAUUAUGGUGUAGUUAUUGCUACAAAUAUAUUUGGUGUUACUCAAUCUAAUCAAUGUGAACAACAUGAUGCAGUUAAACAUUGUUUUAUUACAACACCUCAAACAUUUUCAUGUCGUCAAAGUUGUAUGUAUUUCUAUCCGGGAAAUCAAUUGAUAUCAACAUGUGGUAAUAAAGUUGCUGCUUAUCAAUAUGUUGAAUAUCAAUGUAUACCAACAAAUACUGAACUUGUCUCACCAAAUAUUGCAUGUCCAUCAGAUGGUUCAAAAAUUCCAAUACAAAUAAAUCGUCGUGGUCGUUUUCAAACAUAUGGUUAUCCAAAUUUUAAAAAAAUGGAUUGUAAAUAUCGAAUACAAACAAAUGAAAAUUAUAUUAUGAAUUUUUAUGCACUUGAUAUUAGUUUAAAUGAUUUUUCAACUGAAUGCCAAGCCAAUAAAAUAACAUUUGUUGAAGAUGGUGAAAGUGAAGGUUCGGAUUUUUGUGAACAACGUUCAUAUAGUUUAAUUUAUUCAAGUUGUUCAAAUGAACUUGAUUUACGUUAUAUUGCUAAUGAUGAUUCAAAAUUUUUUUCGUCUGGUGCUGAAUUAUAUAUUGAAAGUCAAAUACGUCCAACUGAUUGGGCUUGUGGUAAACCUGUAUCAACAACAACUCAAACAACUAUUCCAACAUCACCAUUGACAACACAAACAGCAGUAGUUUUAAAUGAAACAAACAUGUUUGCACGUGAAGAAAUUGAACAAGAUAUUUGUUUCAAUAGUUCAUUUUCUCAUAGUUGUCCAUUUGGUUAUACAUUCAUGAUGGUAGGUGCUUUUUAUGGUGUUAAAAAACAAUCAUCAAAUAAAUGUGGAUUUGUUCAAGGUGAUUGUGUAGAAGAAUCAUUAUCAACAAUAACACAAUGUCGAUAUGAUGCACCUGGUUGUUAUAUAUUAUUUUCAAGUAGACGUCGGCUUGCACUUUGUUCAGAUCAAUAUGCUGAUUAUUUACAUAUAACUAGUCAAUGUGUACCAAGUAAACCAGUUGGAACUGCAUCGACUAUAACAACAUAUGAUAUCUGUGAUACAAAUGAUCGUAUUGGAAAUAUACAUGGAAUUGUUACUAGUCCAAGUUUUCCAACUUAUAAACCAGCAACUAAUGAAUGUAGAAGAACACUUGUGGGUAUAACAGAUAGAAUGAUAAAAAUUUGGAUUAAUGAAAUGGCCGUAUCAAGUGGUGGACAACGUCGCUCCGAUGAACAUUCGAAUGAACCUGAUUUAGUUCUUCAUAAAAAUGAUGAUACAAAUAAUUUAGAUGAUUUAGAACGAAUGUAUCCAUCUCUUCGUGAGACUUGUGUCAAGGAUUAUUUAAUAAUAAAUGCUCCACAUGUAGCUUAUGUUUAUUGUGGUACACGUAAAUCAGUUAUUUCUCCAUUUUGUACUCAAACUGUAGAUAUUCAAUAUAAAGCAACGUCACCACCAAGUUUUUCUUAUAAAGGCUUUAAAUUUUAUUUUGAAUGGGUUCCAAGACCAUUGGGAGUAAAUUGUGAUGGUGGUAUACUAUCAUCAACAACACCUAUUAAUGAACCCAUACCGAUUUGGGCAGAAAAUUUACAACCUUCACCUAUACUUUCUGCACAUAUUUGUCUUGGAGCAGCAAUAACUUUACGAUGCCCUCGUGGUUCUGAUUAUGUUGUUGCUAUCGUUGAAUCAAAUUAUGCUGCAACAGGUACAGGUUUCUGUGAAAUUCCAUCACCAACUCAUUGUCAUCAAGAAGCUUCACUUGGUUUGACAUGUACACAAUCAUGUUUUAUUGAAUAUAUUGUUCCAAAACCACUUGUUCAAUGUGGACUACUAGAUGCUGAUUAUAUUAAUAUAGAUUAUGAAUGUAUACCAACACGUUUACCAAAUAAUGAAAAUCCAAUUGAUAUAUGUGGAUCAACAACAACAAAUACAAUUGCACUUAAUUCAGUUAUGAUGAUUAGUCCACAAUAUCCAACAUUAUCUCCUACUAUACGUAGUUGUUCAAAAACAAUCGAAGCACCAAUAAAUAAGUUAUGGAUGAUAUAUGUAGUUGAUCUAGAUUUGGAAGCUGGACUAAUGGAUAUUAAUGAAUGUAAUACCGUAUCAUUAACUAUCAAUGAUGGAAAAGAUAAACGUGUAGUUUGUGGUUCACGACUACCUCAAUUAGUUUCAGUUAGUUGUUCAAAUAUAGUUGAGUUUAGUUUUGUUACAAGUCGUCAAACACUUGGUUAUCGUGGUUUUAAAAUUUUUGCUUACACCAUUGAUGUACCUGCUAAUUGGGUAUGUACACCAGAUGGUUUUAUAACAACAACAACAACAACAACAGCUCGACCUCCAACUACAACAAGUUUAUCACCACCUAGUUUUCAAAUUGCUGCUUAUGGUGGAACAACAACUGGUGCACGUCAAUAUUGUAAAUUUCCAUUUAUAUAUCAAGGCAAUCAACAAUCAAGUUGUUUAACAGUCGAUCCACCAGGUUCAACAUCAGGUCAAGGUGCUCAAGAACCUUGGUGUUCAUUAACAAGUAAUUUUGAUACUGAUCAUCAAUGGGGAUUUUGUGAUUUAGGUGUUACGGAUUCAACAUUGUAUGAUAUAUGUCGUAGUCAACAACAAUCACUUCGAUGUCCACCUGGUUAUGUUAUUGAUAUAAUAACAGCUGAUUAUGCAGCUAAACCUGAUGGAAAUAUUGGCACAGGUGCAUGUCUUUAUGAUGUCAAUGAUUGUUUUCAAAAUGAUGCAUCAACUAUUCAAAAUACAUGUGCUGGUAAACCAUCAUGUAUAGCAUAUCAUUUUUCUAAAACUUUAGCAACAUGUCAAAAUCGACGAUCAGCUUAUUUACAUAUUGAUUAUAAAUGUAUACCGAAUGUUGUGUCUGGUAUAACCACAUAUGAUAUGUGUAAUAAUAAUUUAUUACCACAAAGUAAUACUCGUCGUGGCUUUAUAAUUUCACCGAAUUUUCCAAAUACACAAAAUAGCAUUGAUUGCACAUUUAAUUUACAAAUAUUAAAACCAAAUCAAGAUAUUCAUCUUUAUAUAAUUGAUAUGGAUUUAAAUUCUCCAAAUUUACUUGGACAAGACUGUACAAAAGAUCGUUUAAUUGUUUCAGCUGAUAAUAAUAAUAUAGAAAUGUGUGGUAGAACAUAUACAAAUUUUAUACUUAGUACAUGUCAUUCAUCGGUAUCAUUACGAUUAAUUCGAACAUCAGAUGCACGAGGACGUGGUGUUAAGUUUUAUUUUGAAUUUCGAGACAGAUCACCAGAAAUAACAUGCAUUCCAUUAACGACUACUACAUCACGUUCAUCACCAGUAACACAAACAGGUACAACAAGUGCUUCAGUACCAAAUUAUUUUCCUGAUCCAAGUCCUAGUUUGUUUAAGAUAUUAUGUUAUCCAGAUUUUUCAUCUUUAUUAGUUCCAAAUUUUGAAUGUCCAUCGAAUUAUGUAAUUGUUAUUCAUCGUGCAUUUUAUGGUAAAGGUAAUCGUUGCGAUUAUAAUGUUGGUGAUUGUACAACUGAAGCUGAUAAUGUUUAUCGAAUGUGUUCAGGAAAACAAAAAUGUUCUGUUUCAUAUUUUAGUCAAGUUACUUUACCAGAAUUUAACAAUAUUGUUGCUAAUUAUCUUUUUGUUGAAUAUCAAUGUUUACCAACACCAACAAUUGUUCCAAAUACUGUAGAUUUAUGUACAGGUAAAAUAGAUGAUAUUGCUGAUGGUAGUGGUGUACUCAAAAGUUCAUUAUAUCCAUCGUAUGCACAAACACAAUGUGCUAAUGUAACAUUAAGUACACUAGCCGGUUCUGAUCUUAUUAUAUUUAUGUAUUUACUUGAUCUUGAUAUUGGUUUACCUGAUCCCAGUACAGGUAAUUGUACAAAUGAUUAUCUAUCAUUAUCUUAUCAAUGUAAUGAUCAAUUAAAUAGUCUACGUUUAUGUGGUACACGUUCAACAGAACUUUUAUUUAGUACAUGUUUACCAACAGAUAAAAUUUAUGCUUCAUAUAAUUUAUUAAUUCAAGAUCCACAAGCUCAACGUGGUUUUGCAUUACUUUAUCAAGUUGCAUCAAAAUUCACUUUACCUACAACUACUACAACAACAGCAGCAACAUCAUUAACAACAAUUCCUGGUCUUGGCCCAAUGAGUACAACCAUUCAAAUCGCAACACAAUGUGCUCUACAACUUUUCUCUUUUCGAUGUGAUCAACCUGGAUAUGUUCUUGUUGUACAUAAAGUACAACUUGGUGUCAGUGCAACAGGUAGUUGUAGCUAUUCUUCAAAUGACUGUUUUGAAGAGCGUACUCAUUUAUAUAAUGCUUGUGGUGGCAAAACAUCAUGUUUUAUAUCUGCACCUUCACUACCAAUGAAAUUCUGUAAUGGUGCUAAAUCAAAUUAUGUAUAUGCUGAAUAUCAAUGUAUUCCAACACGUCCAAAACUUAUACGUGAUAUCUGUUCAUCAACAGGUUCAUCUGAAAAAGUUGAAGGUGCUGCAAUAAUUUCAUCAUUAAAUUAUACAUCAGAAUCUAGAAACUGUACAAUACAAUUACAAACAAAUGAAUUAUUAGGUAGUCAAAUUCAUAAGGCAUUUAAAAUAUAUAUUCUUACAUUAAAUUUACCGAUACGACCAACACUACGUGAACAAGGUGCACAAUGUGGUUUAAAUGAUCCAUCAAUUGAGAUCAGUGGUACGCAAUUAGGUGCAAUACGUUUAUGUGGUAAUAGUCAUACACGCUAUUUACUUGAAACAUGUUCAAAUUCAAUUGAUAUUCGUUAUAAUAAUAUGAUUAUAAAUACUGCUACAUCAAAGUAUAAAGGUUUUGAAAUUUAUUUAGAAUCUGUUCAACAUGAUAAAUGUGGUGCAACACCUCCACCUCCAAUUGUAACAUCACCACUGAUUAUUACAAAUCAAGUUGCUUGCGGGUUAACCAGUGGACGUGAAACUGUUAAUUUUGCUUGUGAACUUGGUUAUGGUCUAGUCUUUUUACAAUCAUAUCAUUUUGUUACAAGAAGACCUAAUCAAUGUGAUGUUACUCAAUAUACAUGUUUUUAUCCUGGUGAACAACCACAAGCUCAAUGUUCAGGUCAACAAUCUUGCUUAUAUACUCAUCCAAUACCACUAUUCUCACCAUCAAAUGCAUGUCAAAAUAGUCAAGCUGAUUCAACACAAUUUUAUUACCAAUGCUUACCAAUGAGACCAUCAACAGAAUAUCCAACAGUCAAAUUAUGUGCUAAUCCAGAAACUUCAAAUGAGAUGGGUUUUAUUGAAACGCCUAAUUAUCCAAAUACUUAUCAAGGUGGAAGACAACAAUGUUCGAUAACUAUUCGUAUACCAAAUAAUAAUAUUGGUAGAGGAUAUUCUAUUUAUCUUUAUAUAAUUGAAUUAUCUUUACGUGAUACUUCAACAAUAAAUCCAUCAUCAACUUCUGAAUGUUUUGAUUCCAUAAAAUAUACUGAUGGUGAUACAACAAAUUCAUUAUGUGGAAAAAUUGAUCAACCUAUUCUACAAUACUAUACAAAUAAACCAACACUUACUUUAACACUUAAUAUAUCAGAACCAUUACCAUCUAGUGAAUUGAAUAAUUGGCAAGGUGCACGAUUAUUUUAUAUUAUUGGAGAUCAAUCUUUACCAUCUUCACCAAUGUCACUAAUCACAACUAAAACAACAGUAACGACGACCGGAGUAACAAGAACAACAACAACAAGAACAAUAACAACAAGAACAACAUCAAUAAGAACGACAACAACAAAGAUAACAACAUUAUCAGCAACUCUUCCUGGCCCUGGUUCAAUGAGUAUGCAUACUAUAUUAGUAUCAGAAUGUGUUCUACAACUUUUCUCUUUUCGAUGUGAUCUACCUGGAUAUGUUCUUGUUGUACAUAAAGUACAACUUGCUGCAAGUAAAACUGGUGUUUGUAGUUUUUCUCCGAAUGACUGUUUUGAAGAUCGUACUCAUUUAUAUAAUGCUUGUGGUGGUAAAACAUCAUGUUUUAUAUCUGCACCUUCACAACCAAUGAAAUCAUGUAAUGGUACUAAAUCAAAUUAUGCAUAUGCUGAAUAUCAAUGUAUUCCAACACGUCCAAAACUUAUACGUGAUAUUUGUUCAUCAACAGGUUCAUCUGAAAAAGUUGAAGGUGCUGCAAUAAUUUCAUCAUUAAAUUAUACAUCAGAAUCUAGAAACUGUACAAUACAAUUACAAACAAAUGAAUUAUUAGGUAGUCAAAUUCAUAAGGCAUUUAAAAUAUAUAUUCUUACAUUAAAUUUACCGAUACGACCAACACUACGUGAACAAGGUGCACAAUGUGGUUUAAAUGAUCCAUCAAUUGAGAUCAGUGGUACGCAAUUAGGUGCAAUACGUUUAUGUGGUAAUAGUCAUACACGCUAUUUACUUGAAACAUGUUCAAAUUCAAUUGAUAUUCGUUAUAAUAAUAUGAUUAUAAAUACUGCUACAUCAAAGUAUAAAGGUUUUGAAAUUUAUUUAGAAUCUGUUCAACAUGAUAAAUGUGGUGCAACACCUCCACCUCCAAUUGUAACAUCACCACUGAUUAUUACAAAUCAAGUUGCUUGCGGGUUAACCAGUGGACGUGAAACUGUUAAUUUUGCUUGUGAACUUGGUUAUGGUCUAGUCUUUUUACAAUCAUAUCAUUUUGUUACAAGAAGACCUAAUCAAUGUGAUGUUACUCAAUAUACAUGUUUUUAUCCUGGUGAACAACCACAAGCUCAAUGUUCAGGUCAACAAUCUUGCUUAUAUACUCAUCCAAUACCACUAUUCUCACCAUCAAAUGCAUGUCAAAAUAGUCAAGCUGAUUCAACACAAUUUUAUUACCAAUGCUUACCAAUGAGACCAUCAACAGAAUAUCCAACAGUCAAAUUAUGUGCUAAUCCAGAAACUUCAAAUGAGAUGGGUUUUAUUGAAACGCCUAAUUAUCCAAAUACUUAUCAAGGUGGAAGACAACAAUGUUCGAUAACUAUUCGUAUACCAAAUAAUAAUAUUGGUAGAGGAUAUUCUAUUUAUCUUUAUAUAAUUGAAUUAUCUUUACGUGAUACUUCAACAAUAAAUCCAUCAUCAACUUCUGAAUGUUUUGAUUCAAUAAAAUAUACUGAUGGUGAGACAACAAAUUCAUUAUGUGGAAAAAUUGAUCAACCUAUUCUACAAUACUAUACAAAUAAACCAACACUUACUUUAACACUUAAUAUAUCAGAACCAUUACCAUCUAAUGAAUUGAAUAAUUGGCAAGGUGCACGAUUAUUUUAUAUUAUUGGAGAUCAAUCUUUACCAUCUUCACCGAUACCAGUAGUCACAACUAAAACAACAACAAUGACGACAGAAAUAAUCAGUACAAUAACAAGAACGGCAGUAACACCUAUAGAUCAGACAAAUGCACCGACAAAUAAAAAACCAAAUCGUGGAGGUCUUAUCGCUGGUAUUAUUAUUGCUAUUUUGGCUGUAAUAGCAGGUAUCACUGGUUUUCUUCUUUAUCGUCGUCAAUUAUCAUUAAGGGCAGCUAAUGGACCUACAGUUAAAUAUGAUGCUGAUAUGACUACAGUCGAUGUUUCUGACAUGAAUGGAACAACUGAAAAACGAACAAGUAUUUCAAAAAAUUCAUUAAAAGGACCAGCAAUAAAACCAUUUAUCAGUCCAUUUUAUAGAAAAUCACAAAGUACUGAAAAACAAGAGACAGAAAAUGCAACAGAUGCAUAA